AUGCUGCUUGAGUCAUGGCUGGCCCUGGCGACAAUAUUCAUCCUGCUGGCGCUGGUGCUGUUCAUGUUGUUGGUCGUCUACUUCCUCCUGAAAUAUUACUAUGAUGCUGUUGCUCAACAGGGUCACCCAGUACCCCGGGGAGUACACUCACAUCCUACCAUUAAUCCCGACAAUGAAGCCACCGGCGCAGAUGUCAAAAAUGUGUUCCACGUCACGCAACCGCCACGAAUCCUCUACGAAAAUGAGGAGGAGCUCCCAGACUACCCAGACUACGGGUCCCGCAGCGCUUCUCCCCUUCCAUCAUAUGAUGACGUCGUCUACUGUGACCAAGUCAAUCGCUCCUUCCAGAAUCUUCUCAACGUCGUA